UGUCUUGUGUGUUGUGUGGAUGAAGCAAACAAUAUUUUUGACAGUUAACAAUUUUAGGUUAGAUGAACGAUAAAAUAUCAAUAAUUGGUUUUAAAUAUAGAUAACAAAUUGUUUGAUAACCCCUAGGUUAAAUAUAAGAAGAAAUAAAUAUAUUUGAUCACAGAAAAAUUAUCGAUUUAAGUAUUUAAAAACAAAAUGGUGCUAGUAUUAAACGGAGUUUUACAAACAAAGUGCCCUCCUGACACACAAACUUUAUGCAAUACACAUCCUGUUUAUACAGAAACAGCUAACCAAUUGUUGGCAAUUUCGACUAAAGUUAUAGGCCCAGCUGGACUAUUGUAUGUGUUACAAAGAGAAUUCGCAGCAACAACUCCUCACGAUAAAAACGUUACAAUUAUAGGAUCGGACGAUGCUACUACUUGUAUAAUAGUAAUUGUUCGUCAUUCUGGAUCGGGUGCUGUUGCACUAAGUCAUUUUGAUGGAUCCGGAACAUACGAAGCUGUUCAUAUGAUGAUACAAAAAGUACAAGAAUUAGCAAUAGGGUAUCCGGAAGGUAGAAUUGAAUUACAAUUAGUAGGAGGUUAUACAGGGAAUAGUUAUUCGACAAAACUUUUUCAUAACAUCGUAGACGCUUUCCAUAAACUUCCCAUAGAAGUUGAUUUAACAUUAGCGUGUGUAGGUCAUUUAAACACCGUUAUACGUAAUGGAAUCCCAUGGCCAAUCGUUUAUGGAGUAGGAGUUAACAUGAAAACCGGUGAAAUAUUCCCCGCGACAUUCCCGGAAAAAGGUCCAGAGGAAUAUCUUCGUACGGCUCGUUACCUUUCCAGUUCAGGAGGUGAAGAAGUCAUUGAUAUAUACGAUUGUAAUUUAGGAAUGUUGAAAAUAGGUCCUUUCAACUACAAUCCUCUGAGAGCGGCCGAAUUAUGGUUGGCACAAAACGACGAAUUUAUUCUACAUCAACUUUCGACAUCACCGGAAGUUGAAUCGCCUCAUUUCGUAUCUCAAAUGCGUGGGACUUUGAAGUACAUUCAAGAGAAUCCAUUUCCGGCUGUGACAGUUUUUAGGGAUAAUCGACCACAUUAUUUUAGGAGGGACGAACAUUCCGGUCUUUGGGUGCCUGUUUAUUAGUGAAUUUUUUUAAUUUGUUUCCAGAAAAUGGUUUUUCAUCAUAUACGGAAUGUAUAUAUAGAAUGGGCCAAAUAGCACGACUUUUUUAUGAAGUAGUUGCUUAUUUUUUUUAUUAAUGCCUUUUCUGGAAACUUGAUAUAAUCUUAUGACUGCUAGAAAAGGAAAUCUUGUUGAAUAUUUACUGUUUCUACUAUUUAAAAUCAUUUUAUUUUGUAUGAUUAGAAAUAUUUUUGAUAUGCGUAAAUGAAGUUUGAAGGGAAAAGGUGAUGCUUCAAAUUGUGCUGUUACAGCUGGUUUUAAUCAAAUUUUUCUCCAUUUUUGAAAAUUUCGACGUUUUUUUGAAAUUCUGAGUUUGUCACAUAUGAAUCAUUAUUUUUGAAAUACACUAUAGCAACGAUCAUUCAUAAUCUCUUUUAGAUCAUCCCUAUACAUUAAAAUGGCACGUCUUUUUCUUUAUUUCAGUUAAUUUUUGAAAAAAAAACUGAAAUGAUUCAAUUUUUAUUCUCACAUUUUGAGUGAUUCACACUAUUUUUAAACCUCCUAUACUUACAAAAACUCUUUUAUUUUCUAUCAAUUAUCUUAAAAUAUGAAUCAAAAUGGCCCUACAAGCAUCUUUAUAAACCUUCAAUCUCCAUUUAAAAAUUAGCGCAAACUGAUAUUUUUUGCUAUAUUUUCCUUGUUGAUUCAAAUUAUCGCUCGUUAAUGAUAUGUUUAAUAUUAUUUUCGAUUUUCAUGUAUUUUUUUAAUCAGUGCAACAUCAUAAAAAUACUAAAAGCACGAUUUCUUCCUGAAAUUACUUGAUAACUGUGAUUCACUACUUUUGAAACCGACUACACAUACCUAUCUCAAAUUUCCAGUUAUAAUUCUUUAUAGGGUAAUUAGGUUUUUAUUGAUAUUAUUAUAUUAAGCAUUGAAAUUGUUACAAUUGUAACAUUUUGCAAGUUAUUGCGCUAUGAACGAAGUGCAAUUAUUACAUUGAAUCGAAGCGACGUUUUCAUAUAAUGAUUAAAGUCGCGUUUUUGAAAUUUCGAUGUAAACUUUUUUUUAUUAUCGUUCUCGACAUUCUUUAAUGUUGAUUAGGUUGUUAAAUUUUAUAUGUAUAUUAUUUGCCAUAGAUGUAUAAUUAAUCAAAUAAAUAUUUUAUUAUAUAAUUAU